AUGGCGGCUGUUUCGACGGCAAUUCAAAGGCUUCCAGGAAGAAAAAUAACGCUCGUCAGAGUCACAUCCUGCGCGCUGCUUCUUCUCGUCGUCUCCUCCCUCAGCGCUCAUGCCGCUGACAUGAAAACCCGCGGCGGCACCCAACAAUCACCCGACACCCAACCAGCGUCCGGAUACACCAAACCACCCACCUUGCCGCCGUCCGCUCCGACCAGCAAAAGCAACUCGGGGAGCGGAUCCCCAUUCGACCAGGACCCUUUCGCCGGCUCGACUCCCCCGGUAACUCCCGUUGACUCUGACGACCCGCUGAGCGGCGAGGAGGAUCCGGACAGCCAGCCUCCGCCCACACCCUCCGCCACCCCCGCGCCAAACCCGCCGAAGGAAUCGCCCCCGCCUACCAAACCGGCGCCGUCUCAACCGAAGCCUUCCCCAGUUCCUGCGGCGCCGGUCAAAAAGCCCACGUCAACGCCGUCAACGCCGUCAGCGCCGUCUUCUGUCGUCUCGCAAGGAACGAGUUCGGCGGGGAAGUCGUUUGGCGGCUCGGCGAGGAAGAGCCCCGUGAACCAAGUGGGGAAGGCUCAAACGGGGACGGUAAACCCGAAGCCCAAGCCCAAGCCCUCGGACGGGAAGGUCAAAGCGAGCCAGGCGGACGAUGACAACGACGUAAUUAUCGGCCCCGCAACCUGCCUCCAGUCUACUCUGUCAGGCUUCACGAAUUCCGUCAACCUGACGCGCCUUGGCGGGUUGAGCCUGCACUGGAAGAUCACGAGCCAAUCAUCGAUCGACUUUGCUCUGGAGGCGAAACCGACAAGCAAGGGGAAGAGCGGAUGGGCCGCCGUGGGCUGGUCCGCGCGGAAAAGCAAGUUCCCAUCAGAUUUGAUUGUUGGUAAUCUGCCGAGUAAAUCCGUCGGAGCUUAUGACAUUUACGGUUACGGCGCGGGCUCGACUCUCAAGUCGAAGUCGGUUCACCUCAGCGACACGAGCAUCGAAAAGCCCGGCGCCGGCGGCUUCAUCGCAAGGUUUACUCGCUCCACGGACGACGGAACGGUGCCAGUCAAUAUCGGCCCGAACCGCCUCAUCUGGGCGUGGUCGGUCGAGAACACCGAGGAUGUCGCGCUCCGGAAAAGCCGCCGCGGCGAGCUCGUUGUUGAUUUCACCUGCGCCGCGGGAGCCCAGCCCGUGACGACUCAGAGCAAGCCGAAAAACCCCGCCGUCCCUUCUCCCAAGUCCCCCUCGCCGUCCCCCAAGUCCCCCUCGCCGUCCCCCAAGACCCCCUCGCCGGGCCCCAAAACCAGCCCCGCUAAGUCUCCGUCCGUUCCCGCUAAGUCUCCGUCCGUUCCCGCCAAGUUUCCGUCAAUCCCCCCAAAGUCCCCAGCUGUCCCCGGUAAAUCCCCGGCAACGCCUUCGCCGAAACCUCCGACCACGCCCGCCAAGAACACGAGCAGCAGCGGCGGCAGCGGAAGCGGCGGAAGCGGGGGGCUGAAGACGGGGAACUCGUGCGACGCGUCGGCCCUGCUGGGAUUCACCUUCUCGACGCCUCUGGUGCUGAACAAGCUCUAUCUCCACUGGAAGAUCAUCGGAACCAACACUCUCAAGGUCGCCGUGGAGGCCAAGUCCGGAACGAACGUGGACAACGGGUGGUACGGGGUUGGCUGGUCGCGCGAAGGCGCCAUGGCGCCCGCGGACGCGGUGCUGGGGAACCUAGCGGGCGGGCAAGUGAAGGCUUACAUGCUGGGGGGCUACACCAAGACGGGCGUGCAGGUGUCGAAUCGGCUCACGCUGAGCAACGACAGAGGAACGUCGACGACUGGGACCGGCAACACCAUGUUCUGGUUCUACCGGAAGGUUGCUGAUGGCGGGCUAGCCCCGAUAAUGGACCUCAAGACGCCGUCUUACAUCAUCUGGGCGUACGCUCAGGACAUGUUUCAGACGGUGGGGUACCACGGGGCCAACCGCGGGUUGCACCAGAUCGACUUCUCGUGCAAUCAACGGCCCAAGGUGAUCAUGGCGCCUGGGAGCAACAAGAUCAACGACAAGGAUGAUGACGACGAUAAUUGA